UUUUCGCAGAAAACACUCACAGUGUGUGAGUGCAGGAAAAUGGCAGAAGCCAGUAUUUCAGUAGAUCAGGAUCGGUUCAUCUGUCCAGUGUGUCUAGAUCAUCUGAAGGAUCCAGUGACUACGCCCUGUGGCCACAAUUUCUGUAAGGUGUGUAUUAAUGGCUUCUGGGAUCAGGAGGAUGUGAAGGGUGUCUACAGCUGUCCCCAGUGUAGAGAGACUUUCACUCCAAGGCCUGUUCUACGCAGGAACAACAUGCUGGCUGAAAUGGUGGAGAAACAAAAUAAGACUGAACUCCAAGCUGUUUCUCCUGCUCACUGUUACGCUGGACCUGGAGAUGUGGCGUGUGAUUUCUGCACCGGGAGAAAACGUAAAGCCAUUAAUUCCUGUCUGGUGUGUCAGGCCUCCUAUUGUGAAGAUCAUCUUAAACCUCACUUAGAGGGUCCUGCCUUUAAGAAGCACAAGUUAGUCGAAGCCUUUCUAGAGCUCCAGGAGAAGAUCUGCUCUGAGCAUGACAAACUCAUCGAGAUCUACUGUCGUACUGACCAAAGCUUCAUCUGUUACUUGUGUACGAUGGAUAAACAUAAAGGCCAUGAUACAGUUUCAACUAAGGCAGAAAGAACUGAAAAACAGAAUGAGGUAAAGGAGGAGCAGAUGAAAUCCCAGCAGAGGAUCCAGGAGAAGCAGAAGAAGGUGCAGGAGCUGAAACAGACUGUGGACACUAUUAAGAUGCGUUCACAGGCAGCGGUAGAUGAGAGUGAGGGGAUCUUUACUGAGCUGAUCAGCUCCAUGGAGAAAAAGCGCUCGGAGGUGAAGGAGCUGAUCAGAGCUCAGGAGAAAGCUGAAUUGAGUCGAGCUGAACAACUCCUGAAGCAACUGGAGCAGGAGAUUGCUGAUCUUAAGAGGAGAGUCACUGAGCUGGAGCAGCUUUCACACACACACGAUCACAUCCACUUCCUCCAGUGUUUCCCGUCUCUCUGUGUUUCUCCUGGAUCUGAGGACUCACCCAGCUUCACUGUCAAUCAACAUCUCUCAUUUGUUGGAGUGAGGAAAUCUCUCUCAAAUCUGAAACAACAAGUCGAGAAAAUCUGUGAAGAGGAAUUCAACAAAAUCCGUCCACAAGCUGUAGUACUUCAGAAAAGCAGAGAGGAUUUACUGCGGUAUUUCUGCUAUCUGAUUCUGGAUCCCAACACGGUACAUCGUCGACUCAUUCUGUCUGAGAAGAACAGAGUGGUGAAGCGCAACAGGACAGAACAGCCAUACCCUGAUCAUCCAGAGAGAUUUGACUCCUGGACUCAGGUGUUGUGUAAGGAGAGUUUGUGUGGACGCUGUUACUGGGAGGUGGAGUGGAGCGGUGAUGUGUCCAUAUCAGUCUCCUAUAAAGAGAUCAGCAGGAAAGGAGGGGCAAAUGAGUGUUUGUUUGGGUACAACAAUCAGUCCUGGAGUCUGCAGUGUUCCCCUUCCUCUGUCGCUUUCUGGCACAACAAAAUUAAGACUGAGCUCCGAGGUCCAGCAUCCUCCAGAAUAGGAGUGUAUGUGGAUCACAGUGCAGGUACAACUCUGUCCUUCUACAGCAUCUCUGACACGAUGAGGCUCCUCCACAGAGUCCACACCACAUUCUCUCACCCUCAUCCUCUAUAUGCUGGGUUCUGUGUAGGUAAUAACUCAAUUCUGAGGUUAUGUGACUUGAAAUGAAAUGUUAGUAAAGGGUUAGUAAAAACUAUAAGAGAGGUGUCAGAUUUAAUUUCAACCUGAGCUACAAUGCCAUUUUUGUGUGUACAAACUGUAACAUUAAUACUUAUUAUUAUUAUUUUCUAACCGCAUCUUUUCUAUAGAUUAAAAAAUUACAUAAACAAUAUCUUAUUGCAGACUGCAGGAUGUUUCCAGAGCAAAGAAAUGUUAUGAAACAGACUAUUUAACUGUAUGCACUAUUAGCACAAGUACUAUAUUGACAUGAAAAUUUUAUAAGUCUCAGAAAUUCUGUUUCUUUUGAAAUAGGUUAAUAAUAGGUUCUGUUUCUUUUGAAAUAAGUUUCUUUUGAAACUUACUCAAAUUUUUGGUAUUUCUGUGUUGCUUCUGGUGGAAACACACCUUACAGUGUUUAAAAGCCACUUCUUAUUUUAUAUCUUUAACCAUUGUCUGGUUAAGGGUCUGGAUAAUAUACAGUGCUCUCGGAAAUCUGCAAAAAUAAUACUCCAUUAUAAUGAAAACAAAUAAACUAAUUUCUAAUAGAAUAAACCAAUACAUUUGCAGAAGAAUUCAGACCCUUUGCUGCAAUCACACUCUACAAGGUUUUUGGAAAUUAGAUGAUUAAUUCAUUUUUUAAAUUUUUUUUUUUUAAAGGCUUCCUUCUUGCCACCCUACCCUGUAGCCUAUACAUAUGAAGAAUUUGGGAGAUUGUUCUCACAUGUAGGGAGCAACCAGUACUUCCCAGAAAUUACUACAAUUCUUUUAAUAUUGCUGUAGGCCUCUUGGUAACCUCUCUGAACAAUUUUCUUCUGGUCUUCUUAUCAUAUUCAGAGGGACAUCAUGUUCUUAGUAGUGUCACUGUUGUGCCAUAUUUUCUCCACUUGUGGCUUAUUGUCUUUACAUUGUUCCAUGGUAUAUCCAAUACCUUGGAAAUUGUUUGUAACCCUCUCCUGAUUGAUAUUUUUCAACAAAGAGAUUCCAUGCCUGCUUUUUAAGCUCUUUUUGUCAUGAUUUCCCCUUGUGCUAGUGCAGGAGCAUGCAGCAUGCUCUGAAGCUCAAACUGCGAGUGUGGGCUUCUGGGUUUUACAGUGACAUUUACUUUGUUGAAUUUUGACACGUGUGUUUUGUUAUGGUUUAUUUCCUGUCUCUGCCCCAUAUUGUCAUUGGCUGUUUCCCUUACGUGUCAUCAUUGUACUUGUGUUUCACAAGUUUGAAAUUGCAUUUGUUAUUUAAACCCCUCGUGUGUCUAUGUUCAAUGCGAAGUAUAUGCUCAGUUACAUUUUGUCUCUGCCAUUUCCAAGACUUGAUACCUUGUUUGUUUAUUCUGGUUUUGACUUUGUUCUUGUUUUUGACCUCGUCUUUUUGCCUUGCCUUGUUUAGACUGUUUGCCUGAUCACCUGACCUCUGCCUGUCUAUGUUUAUUGAUUUCUGUCUGAUCCCUUGGACUUUUUAUUUUAUUAAACUGCCAUACCUGCACUUGCUUCCGUCUCAGACUCCAUUACGUGGAGGUGGGAGAAGGAGGGGAAAUUCUCCCUAAUUCGAGCCAAUCAGGAGUGGCUCAAUAUGAUGUACGCCAUCAGGGGGUAUGUCAUGGUGGAGCCUUCCAACCAGACUUCAACUAUCUCCCACUUUCCCUCCCCCACUGUGGAUGUAGUUCAGCCUGCAGAGUCGACGGAGAUCAAUGCUCAGUCUCCCUGCUCGACUGAGGAUGCCACUCAGCCUCCCUGUUCAGUUGAGGAUGUUUCUCCACCUCCCGUUGCAGCCAAGAGCUCCGAUUUUCUUCCCUGCUCCGCCUCAGAUGUCACUAUGCCACGCUCCACUUCAGAUAUCACCCUGACUUCCUACUCCACUGAGGACAUUGCUCUGCCAUCCUGCUCGGCUGCGGACGUUGCUCUGCCAUCCUGCUUCCCUGAGGAUGUCACUCUACCUCCAUGCUCCACUGAAGAUGCCGUUCCUUUUCUUUGUUUCGCGCCGUAUGUCGCUCCUCCUUCCUGCUCUACAGAGGACAUCACUCCCCCCUUAUGCUUCACACAAAGCAUCGCUCCCCUCUCUGUCCUCGUGGAGAACUUUGCUCCUACCACUGGCCUCGAGGAGAACUUCGCUCCCCCUCAGACCUCACAGAGAGUGUCACUCCUCCCUCUAGCUUCAUGGGGAAUGUUGCUAUCCCCUCUGACUCCGUUUUGAGCUUUGUUUCACCUGCUGGCUGCAUAGUAGCCAUCGCUCAGCAUUCAAGCCAGGCUGGGGACAUCAUGUCAUCUCUCUGCGGUGCGGAAGAGAUGCCCCACUCCUGGACCUCAGAGAGCACGCCAAGUUCCUGAACGAGAUUGAUGAGAUGGCAUCUCAAGCCAAGUUCCUGUCGGAGAGUAAAGAGAUGGCCUCUCAAGCCAUGUUCCUGUCUGAAGGUGACGAGACGGCCUCCGAAGUCAUGUUCCUGUCUGAGUCAAUGAGGCGGCCUCCCAAGUCAACUUCUUGUCUGGGGUCGACGAGGCGGCCUCCCAAGCCAAGUUCAUGUCCAAGGUCGAUGAGGUAGCCUCCCAAGACAUGUUCCUGUCCGAGGUCGACAAGACGACCUCAGAAGACACGUUCCUGGCCGAGGUCAACGAGACGACCUCUCAAGCCAUGUCCCUGUCCAAAGUCAAUGAGACAGCCAACCAAGUUCUGCUCAUGCUUGAAUCUCCUGACGCAGCCAACCAAGUUCUGCCAUCCUGUUCCGCUGAGGACAUCACUCUGCCAUCCUGAUCUGGUGAGGAAGUCGCUCUGCCAUCCUGUUCCACUGAGGACGUCACUCUGCCAUCCUGUUCCGCUGAGGACAUCACUCUGCCUUCUUGUUCCAACGAAGCUGACGAUCAAGCUUCCCACACCUGGGUGCUGCCUAGGGACCCCAGCGAACCUGCCACAGCCUCAUGCCUGCUCCUUGGCUCCUUGAGGAGCCUGCUAUCUGUGUGACAGUGCCUGCCUUGGGACCUGAGGGGCUGUGAAUACAUUUUGCCCAGAGGGGAGGGAGGGGAGGGAAUGUUUUUUGGCUCUCCGGGAAUAGGGCCCUUGGGGGCGGGGCUCUGUCAUGAUUUCUCUUCCUGCUAGCAUGGGAGUACGCAGCAUGCUCCGAAGCCCGAAGUGCGAGCACACGCUUCCGGGUUUUAUAGUGACAUUGACUUUGUUGAUUUUUGACACGUGUGAUUUGUUAUGGUUAAUGUCCUGUCUCCACCACUGUAUCACCACUGUCCAUCUCCACUGUAUUGUCAUUGGUUGUUUCCCUUAUGUGGCAUCAUUGUACUCAGCUGUUUUGUGUUUCACCCCUGAUUAUGUUUGUUAUUUAAACCCCUCAUGUGCCCAUGUUCAAGGCAAAGUAUACGCUCAGUUACAUUUUGUCUCUGCCAUUACGAAGACUUGAUACCUUGUUUGUUUAUUCUGGUUUUGAAUUUGUUCUUGUUUUUGACCUCGCCUAUUUGCCUUGCCUUGUUUGGACUGUUUACCUGAUCACCUGACCUCUGCCUGUAUCUGUUUAUUGAUUUCUGCCUGAUCCCUUGGACUUGUUAUUUUAUUAAACUGCCACACCUGCACUUGCUUCCA